AUGCUGCCAACCUUCGAACUAGUCGUUUGUAUAACAUCUUCGGCACUUUUCGACUGUACCGAGUUGCGUGAAAUUUGGAAACGUGAUGGAUUUGAAGCAUAUAAGGAACGUCAACGUACUAAUCUUAUUGUACCUCUGCAACCUGGUGUUGGUUAUCCUCUUGUUCGAUCAUUGUUAGCAUUGAAUGAAGUUGCUAAAAAACAAUUGGUCGAAGUUGUACUCAUUUCUCGAAAAGAUAGUGAUUAUGGAGAGCGAGUACGACAAUCUAUCUAUUAUUAUAAACUACCUAUUACACGUAUGUCAUUUACUGGUGGUACAGAUGUUACAAAGUACUUGUCGGCUUGGAAAUGUGAUCUUUUUCUUACUGCAGAUGAAGAUCAAGUACGUACAGUACUGUCUGGUACUAGUGGUGAAGGAUUUACAGGCAUGGCAGCUGCAUUAGUAUGA